AUGGAAAGAUAUGACAGACAGCUGAGGUUAUGGGGGGCGGUGGGUCAGGAUAGUUUGAACCGGUCCCGUGUGUGCGUGAUAGGACCUGCUACACCUUUGCUGCAGGAAGUUAUCAAGAAUCUGGUGCUUGCCGGAAUAUCAUCUCUUACUUGGCUCAAAGUGAAGUAUGCGGUUCCAUCGGGAGCUCUGUUUUUAGCACAGCUUAAAAAAGAUCUUGAGCGGUUGGCUUCUAAACAGCUAGAAUAUGAGGAAAAUGACCUUGAAAAGACGUUACAGCAACUUCAGUAUGAUUGGGCCCGCUUCUCGGUGGUAAUCUUGACUUGUAUUGGUGACCAAACUACGAUACUCGAUUUAAAUGAGGUUAGACGGCAGAGAGGAACAAAUUUUCCACCUGUUCUGAACACUUUCGUCUCUGGGUUUUAUGGAUAUAUGAAUCUGGUACUCUCAGAAACACAUUUUGUUUUGCAAGCACACCCAGAUAGUAAAAAGUAUGACUUACGGUUACAAAAGCCUUGGCCUGAAUUGAUAAAUUAUGUAAAUACGUUUGACCUAAGUAAGAUGGAUAUACCCACGUUUUCUGGUAUUCCAUAUAUUGUUUUGCUCAUGAAGUGUAUUGCGAAACUCGGAAAGGGUGGUAAUACUGGGAGGAUAACAAUUGGUCAGGUGAAGAACGCUUUGAACCAAAUUUGCUUUCCUCUAGGGAAUGAUGUUAUCUACGAACCCAAUUAUGUGGAAGCUAAGCGGUAUGCUUAUUUGGCUUGCUCUCAAAAUGAUUGUUGCAAAGAACUGGACGAUUUGCUCCGGAAUUUGGAAAUAUCAGAUUAUGGGAACGAUUGGCAUGAUACUUAUAACUACGAGAUAUUCACACUAUUAUUGGCUUUAAAAAAAAUAGCUGAAGAGAAUGGAGAGCUCAGCUUCCAACCUUUAACGGGUGCGCUCCCAGAUAUGGAGUCGACCACGGAAAAUUAUAUUAGGCUCAAAACAUUGUAUGAAGUGAAAGCUAAGCUUGACAAGUCCUGCGUAGAGCAAAUUUUAGCUCGCGGUAAGAAAAAAGUUUCGCAAGAUGUCUUGAACACAUUCUGUUCCCAUUACGGGGAGGUCAGGAAAAUAUUGCCGCCAAAAAGUGACCUGCUGGGUAUUUUCAGCACCUCGAAUACUCUUUUGGACGCAUUGGUUAUGGUUCAAUUCUGGGAGCAAUCCACAGUAACUUCAGAGCCUAAAGAUGAGUUUAUUGGUUUACGGGUUGACGAUAAUUAUCCUGUUAUGGCUUUUUUUGGUGGUGCGGUAGCCCAAGAAGCGAUCAAGCUUAUUACGCAUCAUUAUGUUCCUAUUGAUAACUUAUUUUUAUAUAAUGGCAUAGAUAAUUCAUCUGCAACGUAUAAAAUAUAA